AUGAAGGUCAUCAAAGCCCAGUUUGGGGAGGCAAAGCGCAAGGCCAUUGAGUCCUAUGCCCUGGAUGAGCGUUUGAAGUAUGAUUCUCAGAGAGAAUUCGCAAUCCUCCUGCAUGUCUUGAAAAGCAAGGGGCCUACUGUGCCAAAGGCCAAGACAACUCCCAAGCCAAAGGCGUCUUCUGUGCCUUCUAGCAAGAAGGCCCCCAGCAAGGCGGCUUCGACGCCCAAAGCAAAGGCUUCUGGAAAGGGCAAGGCGAAGGCUUAG